AUGUCCAACAAGCAGAACAACUCCCACUCUCUGCUUGACGCUCAGUCGAAUUAUCCAGAUGAGCAGAAGUCCAUCCAAGAGACUACGAACCGUUCGGGAUUAUCCAACUUCCGCUACAUAACUCCUGCACAGCGCUCGACAAUGGCGCUUAACGACACAGCCUCUACCUCCACGGCGUCAGUCAUUCCGGUGUGGCGCCGUAACGUUCAAGUUACCCCUCCGAAUCCCCAGACUCCUACGGCUCUGGUUCAACGUGCUACUGCGACGAGCGCACCUUUUCGUCCUAUGGACACCGUGAGAGGCGCAUCUCCUCAAUUCACGGCCGAGGAGAAGAUCAGGGCCGGUUUCUCCUGGCGUUACAGGGGAGAUAUCAACAAUCCAAAGAACUCUUCGGCGGGCAUCAGUCCUGAAGAAAACUGUGCCCUGUUCCUAACCAAUUUACCCGCCGGAACUACCGAAAAGAUCUUGCUGGAUGCUCUGGGCAUCCACGCACCGUUUGGCCGAGUUCAUGCCACUUCCAUUGCCCCGGCGACCGACAAUCGCCACUCCACAGCAUGCGCAAAGCUUGCCAUGUUUGGUCGAGAGGAGGCAGUCCGUGUCUUCGAUUUUGUCAACGCUGGCGAGCUCAGGAUUGCUGGCCGCACGAUCAGCAUUGCAUGGAACAACAACCGUUCCCCGAUCCAGACUGACAUUGCAGACACCGCCUCCCGUGUCCUCGAGAUUCACGGCCCACGCGAGGUCGUUGAUAUCCAUCGCCUAUCCCGUUUCUUUGAGGACAAUCUCAAGUACCAAACCCAGGACAUCACUGUUCUUAACGAAGACAAAGAGGAACGCCUUAUAAGGUGGACCUUCUGCAGCUUCCGCGCGCAAGCGCAAGUUGCGCGCAAGGCGCUGAGAGCAGAGUGGCCUGGACUCCAUAUCCGCUGGGGUAUUGACCCCAUGGCCGUGUCAGUUAACAUGGCACCGACCGCCAUGAGCACGAUGCUCCCGUCCUUUCCGCAGCAAAGAGCACCAGUGGCCGCUGGCGAGGUUAGUCAUACCCCUUCUGGCGACCUGAUCAGGUUCGACUCUGAUGUCGAGGAGGAGGCAGACAGCGAAGAGGAAAGGUCAGAUGUUUAUGAAUUCUGA